AUGGUUUCCACUGUGCAUAGCAUAGAGGACAGAGGGUCGAUAUCCAAACCAAUACAUGUUUCUCAGAGUGUUGAAGAAAUUAGCCCAAAGCUUACCAAUGAUUCCGAAGUUAUCUUAGAAAAUACAAAAUGGACAAGACAUAUCUGGGAUACCUGGGGCCAUCCUGACAAAAAACACGCUAAAAUCAUAUGCAAACUCGAUUGUACAUUGUUGUUCUUUGCUUGUGCCGCGACAUUUGUCAAAUAUUUGGAUAAAAUCAACUUAACGUACGCUUACGUUAAUGGUUUGCGUGAAGAUUUGGGUAUUGUUGGUAACCAAUACAAUUAUGCUAACACCGGCUACAACAUUGCUUCCAUGAUCUUUGGUUUUCCUGCUGCAUUUCUAAUGGUGAAAAUGAACAGUAAGUAUUUCAUCAUUUUGAUCGAAAUGUUAUGGAUAAUUGUCACUUUUGCCCAAGCUGCGGUGAAAACCCCAACACAAUUGAUUGUUGCAAGAACUAUUCUUGGAAUCUUUGAGUGUGGUCACUAUCCAGCCUUAUCUUACAUCCUUGGUACUUAUUAUACUCCUCUGGAAUUGGCCAAAAGAGCGGUUAUCUUACAAUCUUCUACUUCCAUUGGGUCUUUUUUCGGUGGUUAUGUUGCUUCAGGGGUCUACAACGGCUUGAACGGUGUCAGUGGACGUGCUGGUUGGCGAUGGGUUUUCAUCAUUGAUGGUGUCAUUUCAAUGGGAUUACUAAUCCCUCAAUAUUUUUUCUUCCCAGAUAGAUUAUCUAAUAGAAAAGCCGAUUUUAUCUUAAACGAGGAAGAAAUCGCUUACUUGAAAAAAAGGUUGCCUGAGCAAGAACAGGAUGAAUACCAUUUUCAAUUCUCAGAUAUUUUUGCGGCAUUAUCUACCUGGGAAGUUUGGGCAUUCUGGUUGUUUGGGGUUCUUCAAGAUAUCACCUCAUUGGUCACGCCAUUUUUUUCUUUGUGGUUAAAAUCCUGGAAUAAGAGAGAGAAGGGAAGCUACACAAUCGGCCAGAUCGACCACUAUGCAUCGAUAAUUUAUGCUGUUCAAACUGUGGUCGCCUUGAUCAGUGGUUGGUUAUCAGAUACCAUUCUUCGCGGUCAACGUUGGCCACCAAUUUUGGUAUCUGGGAUUGUUGCCUUUGUCGUUAAUAUUUGCUUGGGAGCAACCCCACUUUAUCCUGAAAACAGAGCAUUUAGAUUUUUCUUGUACUGUAAUACUGGGUGGGCUUUGGCUACUGCUGGUCUUUACUGGGCUUGGGCACAAGAAUAUUUUAAAUCCAACAAGAAGACGAGAGUUAUUGCCACUGGAGGUAUUAAUAUCUUUGCAUUCGUGGCGAAUAGUAUUUGUAAUAACAUCUGGUAUAAAACUUCAAAAGGACCUCAUAUCACCUCGGGUUAUUAUCUUUCGGGAACAACUGGUAUUCUAUACUCCAUCAACUCUUUGGUAGUUGGCUUUGCUGACCGCAGAAGAAGAAGUAGAUUCUUGUGA